UGAAGGGCUUCACGUCGAACUCGAAGAAACCACCGUUGUGCCCAGGGCAAUUCCUCUCCUUCUCUCACCCAAACCCAGACCGCAGUUCCAUCCGACUGCACCGUCUCACACCGCCGAGUCCCCGAAAGUAACACAGCAUCCCACCUGCCCUCGACACGGCGGGCAUCAAGGGCUGACGACCGACACUGGACUCGACAGCCAUUGCAGGCAGCGCGAAUAUCGCAUCAUCAAACAGCAGAGGGAUCCGCUAGACCAACGCCAUGGCGACGUUUCUCGAAAAUGCAUACAGUCUGGUUCACCAGGACAAUGCGGCCGACGUGCCCUCGCAGAAUGAGCUCAAGCAGGCGCUGGAGAAGGGCAGCGACGAGCACAAGAUCGAGACCAUGAAGAAGAUCCUCUCGACAAUGCUCAACGGCGACGCGCAAGAAGGCCUGCUCAUGCACAUAAUACGAUUCGUCAUGCCCAGCAAGUCGAAGCCCCUCAAGAAGCUCAUGUACUUCUUUUUCGAGGUCUGUCCCAAGCACGACGCCCAGGGCAAGCUGCGCCAGGAGUGGAUAUUGGUGUGCAAUGCCAUUCGUUUCGACUUGCAGGCGCCCAACGAAUACGUACGAGGAAACACACUGCGCUUCGUAACCAAGCUACGAGAUGCUGAGCUUGUCGAGCCGCUGCUACAACCGGUCCGACAAUGUCUUACACAUCGACACGCAUACGUCCGAAAGAAUGCCACCUUCGCAGUCGCCGCAAUCUUUACCCACCUUCCAGAGCUCAUGCCCGAUGCGCCCGAUAUGUUGACCACGUUCCUGGAUGAGGAGAGCGACCCGACCUGCAAGCGCAACGCCUUCGCCGCCCUCUCCUCCAUCAGCCACGAAAAAGCUCUCGAGUACCUGAGCAGCAUCUUCGAUACGAUUCCGAACCACGAAGAACUGCUGCUUCUUGCUGAGCUGGAGUUCAUCCGAAAAGAUGCCGUUACCAACCCAUCGAACAAGGCGCGCUAUCUCCGAUUGAUCUUCGACUUGCUCGAGUCACAGGUGUCGACUGUCAUGUACGAGGCUGCACACGCCCUGACAACCCUCACCAGCAAUCCUGUUGCGGUGAAAGCUGCUGCAAGCAAAUUCGUGGAACUCGCCAUCAAGGAGCCGGAUAACAACGUCAAGCUCAUCGUGUUAGAACGGGUGAACCAAUUACGACACAAAAAUGAGGGCGUUCUGGACGACCUGACAAUGGAGGUUCUCCGCGUCUUGUCAAGUACCGACUUGGACGUGCGCAAGAAGGCAUUGCACAUUGCGAUGGAGAUGAUCUCGAGCAGGAACGUCGAAGAGGUGGUUUUGCUUCUCAAGAAAGAGCUGAUGAAGACGGUGGAUGAGCAGUACGAGAAGAACACAGAGUACAGGUCGAUUCUCAUCUCCUCGAUACAUCAAGCGGCCAUCAAAUUCCCAGAAGUUGCAGCAAGCGUGGUAGGGUCGCUGAUGGACUUCAUAUCCGACGUGAGCAGUAACGCAUCUGCUGUCGAUGUCAUUUCCUUUGUCAAGGAAGUCGUUGAGCGAUUUCCUGAUCUUCGGCAGUCGAUCGUUGAGCGUUUGGUCUCUACCCUCGGUGAAGUCCGUGCUGGAAAGGUUUAUCGCGGUGUUCUGUGGAUCAUUGGCGAGUUCGCUCUUGAGACUAAGGAUAUUCAGGAGGCAUGGAAAGGAAUUCGUUCGUCGCUUGGCGAGAUUCCCAUCCUGUCGUCUGAGCAAAGGUUGUUGGACGAUGCAUCGGAAGGCAAGGAAAGCACUGAUCAGGUCAACGGACACGCAAAAUCGACUGCAGCUCCCACAGGAUCACGCAAAGUCCUCGCCGAUGGCACAUACGCGACAGAGAGCGCGCUUACGUCGUCAGCAGCAGCAAAGGCGAAGCUGGAGGCGGUCAAGAACUCUCAGAAGCCCCCACUACGCCAGCUUGUCCUCGACGGUGACUACUACCUCGCCACUGUUCUUUCCAGCACUCUUACCAAGCUUGUUAUGCGGUACUCGGAGAUCUCCAAGGAUGCCGCACGCACAAAUUCUCUGCGCGCUGAGGCCAUGCUUAUUAUGAUCUCGAUCAUUCGUGUUGGUCAAUCUCAUUUUGUCAAGACUUUUAUAGAUGAAGACUCGGUUGAUCGUAUCAUGUCGUGUGUUCGGUCACUGUCCGAAUUUGCGCAAAGCAAGGAAAUUGAAAAGGUUUUCUUGGAAGAUACACGCAAGUCUUUCAAAACCAUGGUGCAAGCCGAGGAAAAGAAGCGCGCAGCAAAGGAAGCGUCAGAGAAAGCCAAAUCAGCUGUCAACGUCGAUGAUUCGUUCAACAUCCGCCAGCUCAAGAAGAAGGAUGCGGAUGGCAAUGACGAAAUUGAACAAGACUUGGAAAGGGCAACAGGAGGUGACACCGCAACCGAGGAUAUGACAUCGAAACUCAGUCGCGUCGUGCAGCUCACUGGUUUCUCUGACUCUGUAUAUGCCGAAGCAUAUGUCAAGGUGCAUCAGUUCGAUAUUGUGCUCGACGUAUUACUUGUCAACCAAACAACCGAGACACUGCAGAAUCUUACGGUCGAGUUCGCGACGCUUGGUGACCUCAAGGUUGUCGAGCGUCCUCCAACUCAGAAUGUCGGCCCACAUGACUUUAUCAACCUCCAGUCCACCAUCAAGGUUUCUUCAACCGAUACUGGUGUUAUCUUCGGUAACAUCUUAUAUGAAGGUGAGAAGGGUAUUGACUCCAAUGUGGUCAUCCUGAACGACGUCCAUGUCGACAUCAUGGAUUACAUCAAACCCGCACAAUGCACAGAGACACAAUUCCGGACAAUGUGGACUGAAUUCGAGUGGGAGAACAAAGUCAACAUCAACUCCAAGGCAAAGACUUUGCGCGAGUUCCUGAAGCAGCUCAUGGCUUGCACAAACAUGAGUUGUUUGACACCCGAGGCGUCGAUGAAGGGUGAUUGCCAGUUUCUGUCAGCCAACUUGUACGCUCGAAGCGUGUUUGGUCAGUAGCUUCUCCCCUAUCUUGCACUUCGUUUGGCUAACUGAUUGCAGGCGAGGACGCGCUUGCCAAUCUGAGCAUAGAAAAGGAAGGAGAAAACGGCCCCAUUACAGGAUUUGUUCGUAUUCGAAGUCGAUCACAAGGGCUGGCGUUGAGCUUGGGGUCGCUGAAGGGCCUCAACAAGGUCGGCGUGGCAUGAGCAGACGGUUGUUACAGGAUAAUGACGAUAAUGGAUGACGAUACUCUAUGUUGAAGGAGAGCACGCAUGGCGAAGGAUGGUAAAAGCGUUGUUCGUCACACGGGUUUUGUAGGUUUCGGACACGAUGCGUACUGAGCGUAAAGCCAUGACGGGCGCAGUGGCCGGGAUUGUAGCGUUGGAGUAUCCUCAACGAGAUGGGAUUAGUAGCAGUUGAAUACCACAAAUAUCCCACA